GAAGCUCAACUCAACCACUUCAGAGAUAAAUGUGCAGCUCUGUAAGUACGCAGGACAUUUAUCAUAAUCUUAUCUGGUGCUCACAGAAGUGAUGAUCACGUGACACAUCAGCAGCUCUCGUUGGAUGAAACAAACUGUUCGACUAGAGAGAAAUUGCAAUAUAGAAUUUUUAUGGACUACAUCUAGGAUCAGAAUGUAUAUUGGAUAUUGGAUCUAUUUUUGUAGAUCACAUAUUAAAAGAUGCAGUUUGGUGGUGGUUUAACGGCUCUUGUUUGGUGCUCAGUCUUUGCACACAUCCACUGCGACUCCUGCAGAUACAUCACCUUACAGUCUGCAGGUCUGAGGGUGAACUGCAGCUCACAAGGCUUAAGGAUGAUCCCUCAACUGCCUACCACCGUCACAGAGCUCCUGCUGCAAAACAACCUCCUGUGCACAGUGACUCCAGGUCAUUUCGACGCACUCCAUAACUUACAGCUGGUCAACUUAUCCAAGAACCCGUUCAACUGUGACUGCAACAUCCGCUACCUAAGUCACUGGCUGAAAAGAAAUCAAGCCAUGUCUGGGAUGGCCGUGUGUGCCAGUCCUGCUGAACUCGCCCACAGGCCCAUUGAUGGGCUCGCGGAUGCCGAUUUCCCCUCCUGUUUCUCUGCCGAGUGCUCUGGAUGGGUAUAUAACAGCGUUUUAUGCUUUGUGCUUUGCUUUCUCAUUGGCUUACUGCUGUGGUGCCUGCAACUCGCCAGGAACUCGACAUUUACUCUGGGAAUCGAUGAGAGUCACUCUGCAUUGGAGGCCGAAUCUCUUCGAUCGCUCAAGCCUAAACACAGAGCUAGGAUGAGACGCAGUAUCGGAAGUGAUGACAUGGACACCCCUUUACUGAACAUGGAGCUUCUUCCUCAGAUACUGGAUGUCCUGCACAAGCAGCACAACAUCAAGAUUAAAGUACCAUGAUGGGACAAACCCCAUUUUGACAUGUGUCAAUGGUCGCUUUCUCUUCAGUACAAAUUACGUCACUCUGCACAUUUAACAGUUCAUACACUUAUUAGAUGUUUUAUUUUCCUAAAGCGACUUACAAGAUAUGCUUUCACUGGUGCUCCUUUUGAGUUGAACCCUAGAACAUGGCAUAACAGAGCCAUGAACAGUUGAGCUACAGGAAUGUCUUGAAAUAAAACAUUUACAUUUCAUGUAACAUGGACAAAGAUAUUAUUCAAAUGUAAACCUUUUAUGUAAGGUGGACUUGAGUUUAGAAAGUUUCAUUGUGGUGUAAAGGCUCAUUCACACCAAGAGCAAUAAAUACAGUACAAUAACUAUACUACCAUCCAUUCCAUACAUUCAAAAGUCCACUGGGGGCGGUAAAGAGAAGGAGUGUUUUGGUCCGUUAGAUGGUUGAGUGCAUAGUGCAUAAAUGUAUAGUGCAAGCAUAGGGUGUCAUUUAGGACACAACUUAGGUUUUCCACUUUUAUUUGUCAUCUUUCAAAAUGACAAAAUAUUUUUCUGGCAUUUUAGUAGUCAAAUGAAAAGUUGAGGUCCAAGGAAUAACAUUUGCAAAACAUUUCAUGUAAAGAAAAUUUGCAGGAAAUUUUAUUUUCACCCUGAGAUGCUUUUACACUUUACAAUAUUGAAGUUCCCACCUUUUCUUAUUGGCUGUUAUGUCUUUCACAUCCUACAAAACUUGCUUUUUCUUUAUUUCUAUUUCUGCUUAUGUCUUUAUGUUCUUUUCUUAAUACGCCAUCCUUUAAAAAUGUUUAAAAAUGAAUGACAUCGAAAUAUCCUUCUCAGUUAAAGUGAAAAUCAGCUAAAGCGUCUUGUUGCCAUAGUCAAUAGGCUUUAUGUUGUUGGUGUGAUACUAAUUGAUCCUCUUAAAUGUAUCACCAUUUAUGUAUUGAAAUUAAGGGGUGAUAUAGUGGGGAUUCUCACUUACACUUCAUAGUGGUUUCUGGGUAUGAGUAAUUUUUGGGACAUAUCGGGUGGUCCGUCCAGGUGGGAUGCAGUAGAAGUCCUGCAGGUGAUAUAACUCAGAUGUCACUGUACCAUGAAUGAUGUGAAAAUGAAUGAAACUAAAAAUAAAGUACAUCAGUUUCUGACCAGAAGUGCGCUUGAUAUCCUGGAACACGAUAAAAGCGUGACUCAUGAUGAGUAUGAGUACUGUCUUGCUUUCUUUUUAUCACAGUUCAUACUAUACACAUGCUGUGAGAAUUUGGGUUUUGCCUGUGUCCCAUACAUAUUGUGUGAAAUAUAUUUCAAUGAUGAUUGUACAUGCAUUAUGUCUAACGUUACUCAAGGUCAAGUGCUGACCUAGUUAACAGAAUAUGCAGACUCAUGCUGCCUUAUAUGCACCAAGUUAACAGAAUGUUCUGAACAUCGUGCUGCCUUCUCCUGGAGCACUUAUAAGGAGUUCCUAAAGCAAAUGUACUAAUGAAGAACAUCUAAUGAACUUAUAAGGGGCUCUUAGAACAAAUAACCAACCACGUGAAUAAUAUUAAUAGUUUCAAUGACAUAUUUACUUCCUCCUGAAUACAAAUAUGGGAACUAUUUUCAAUAAACUUUGGACUCUGAUUGAACUGCACUCUGUGUCUGUGUCAAACUUGGUCUCCAGGCCUGCAACUCUGUGUGUUCCGUCGACUCGACUCUUCAACUUAGAAUAACUGAAUUUAGACUUAGGGGACAAGUAAGA